AUGGUGUUCACUGAGCUCCUGGAGCAGGCUGGGGGUGCGGGCUUCUUCCAGGCCCUGCAGGUCCUCACCUUCUUCCUCCCGUCUGUCUGGGUGCCCAUCCAAUUAGUUGUGGAGAACUUUUCAGCUGCUGUCCUAGGCCACUGCUGCUGUGCCCACAUGCUGGACAAUGGCUCUGAGGCCCCCGGAAACCUCACCCCCGAGGCCCUCCUGGCCGUCUCCAUCCCACGGAGCCCCAACCAGGAGCCCCACCAGUGUCUGCGCUUCCGCCAACCACAGUGGCAGCUCCUGGACCCCAACGCCAUGGCCACCAACUGGAGCGAGGCUGCCACGGAGCCACGCGUGGACGGCUGGGUCUACGACCGCAGCACGUUUACCUCCACCAUCGUGACCGAGCGGGACCUGGUGUGUGACCACCAGGGCCUGAAGCCCCUAGGCCGAUCCGUCUACCUGGCGGGGGGCCAUGGCGGGUGGAGCACCUGGGGCCUCCUCUCCCACCAGUGAUUUGGGCGGAAGCCUGUUCUGAGCUGGCGCUGCCUGCAGGUGACGUGGCCAGCAUCAGCCCCAUCGUUGCCUCCAAUCUCCUUUCUACGAUUUUUGAGCACUUUGGGAUUGUCUGGCAUCAUCCUGACCUCGACAACGCUCAUGGUGGAGUGGACCACGACCCGCACGAGGGCCGUCACCGUGACGAUCCUGAGAUGCACCUACAGCAUCGGCCAGACGGCCAUGGGCAGCCUGGCCUUUGCCCUGUGGGACCGGCGAGCCCUCUAGCUGGUCUUGUUGGUGCCCUUCUUGGUCAUCUUCCUGAUAUCCUGCACCCGCUUCUCUAACUGGUGGCUGCCGGGAUCCGCCCGAUGGCUGAUUACGGUGGGCAAAACAGAUCGAGCGCUUCAGGAACUCAAAAAGGGGGCCAAGAUAAAUGGCCACAAGGAAGCCAAAAAGACACUGACUAUAGAGGUACUGACGUCCAGCAUGGAGGAGGACGUAGCCUCUGCGGAGUCCCGCCAGUCAGGGCUGGACCUGUUCCGUCUAAUCGCGCUCCUCUGGAGAAGCUGCAGACUCUUGGUAGUGAGCUUGUCCCUCACCCUCUCCUACUAUGGGCUAGUCCUCCUCCUGCAGAACCUGGGGAGCAGCGUCUUCUUCCUCCAGGUCCUCUUUGGAGCUGCAGACUUCCGGGGCCGGAUCACCACCACACUCCAACUCAGGUUCUUUGGCCACCGCAUGACCCUGCCCGGCUCCCUGGCUGUGGCUGGCCUCGCCAUCCUGGCCAAAAUGCUGGUCCCACAAGAUCUGCAGACCCUGCAUGUGAUCUUGGCUGUGCUGGGAAAGGGAUGUUUUGGCAUCAGCUUAACCUGCAUCAUGGUCUACAAGCCGGAACUCUUACCAACGUCACUGCGGAUGACCGCAGUGGGCCUGGGCCAGACGGCAGCCCGAGGGGGAGCCAUCCUGGGGCCUCUGCUGCGGCUGCUGGGGGUACACGGUGCCUCCCUACCCCUGCUGGUGUACGGGGCGGUGCCAGUGCCGAGCGGCCUGGCUGCACUGCUGCUGCCUGAGACCCAGAGCCUGCCACUGCGCGACACUAUCCCAUAUGUGUGGAGCCAGGCAGUAAAGAAGGCAACACACAGCACCCAGGGGCGUCCUGUUCUGAAAUCCACACGACUUUAGGCCUCCUGGGAAGCCUGCGAUGGGAUGGCAGGAGGAGGCUCUUCUCUGCGGAAGGAGAGCAAAGGCCUCGGUUUCCGGAGGGCCGGGGGGCUGCCCCUCCAGCCGAGCCCAGCCUCUCACUAUCUAAGGAGCCGCCCUGAACACAGAAGGGACCAAGGAAGGUGUGAUUGGCAGGACGCUGCCCGGUACACCAUCACCUGACCCUUUCUCAAGGCUGCUGAGAGAGGAGCAGGGGCACGACCCAACCCGACCCUAUGCUUCCUCGCCCCUCACCAGCCCUGAGCUCACAGGCUGACAUCAGCCACGCUCAAAACCUCCCCAGCUUCUCACGCCAACCUGAGGGCUCCGCACAAGCGCCCCUCAACUUUACCAGAGAGACGGCUCGGGCCCUCCCCAUCCCCCUCGCUACUCCAGCCACGCAGCCAGGUCUUCUGCCUGGAAUGCUUCUGCCACCUUCCCUACCUGACAAAUCCCCCGCCUCAGCCUCCCAUACCCAGGGCAAUGGCCUUGUUCUGGGGCCCAGCGCCCAACCCAAGUCUCCAGUGAAAUUCUUACCACGGCUGCGGCCACACGCCUGUGAGUCCCCAGAGGGUUGGGGUGGUCCGCCUCCCCGUGUCCCCAGCUCCCACACAGACCAGAGGGCCAUUGGUGCGAGGGAGACGGGAGAGUGAAUCAAGGACUGUGCCUCGGCGACUCCAGUGAUGAGCCCCCAGGGACUGCCGGCGCAGGGGGUGGGACUUCCUCCCUGGGACGGCCCUUUCCCAGGCCAGCUUCCCUGUCCUGAGUGCCAGCCGAGUGGCUGCCUUUUCCAGCCUCUGCUGUGGGCCAGGCACCGUGCUGGACGCCUCAAGGCAUCGUCUCGUUUCAUCUUUUCCUGAACGCUUUGUGGUAGAUGUUGCCCCAUUUUACACACGGGAAAUCUAAGGCUCAGAGAAGCUGUGCCUGGGUGCCCGUGACACCCAGCUAGGAGGGGCAGCUUAGGAGUCAAGCGCAGGUCCGAAGGCCU